GAUGCUGCCUGAGCUGCGGAGGUACAUCCAGCACAUCAGCCUAUCACCAGACUCCAUCAACAAUGACGACGCUGUGUCCCCUCUUAUGAAGUACUUACAAGACACUAUGGUCAUCCUCACUGAAAACCUUGUAAAGGAGAAUCUGACUAGAGUUCUCCAAAGCCUGUGGGAACUCCUCCUGAGGAUGAUCCUGGACGCGGUGGCAGAAAACAGAGGCAUUCAGGUGGAGUUCUACAACCGCUUCCAGUACACAGUGGAGACCCUGUUGGAGUUCAUGCAUGCCAAGGGAGAGGGUCUUACACUGGAUGACAUGAAGAGUGGAGAAUACAAGGCCCUGGAUGAGGAGCUUAAGAUGAAUAAAUGUUCCUCCUUCGAGCUGAUUGAACAGUACUAUCUGGAGAAGAUUUCCCUACAGAAAACACUUAAACAUACCCGUUUUGGUCGGAUCAGUAUGAAGUGUUACUAUGACGCUCCGGAGCAGAGACUGACGGUGGAGAUUCUGCACGCUGCGGAUAUUAUUGCACUAGAUGCUAACGGUCUGAGUGACCCAUUUGUCAUAGUGGAGGUCUGUCCUCACCACCUGUUCCCUAUGGCCAAGAGUCAGCGCACGCAAGUGAAACUGAAGACCCUGCACCCAGUAUUCGACGAACUGUUUUACUUUCACGUCAGUCCGGAACAGUACAGACACAGGUUUGCCUGUUUGACGUUCACCGUGAUGGACUACGACUGGCUUUCCACCAACGAUUUCGCCGGAGAAGCCGUGGCUCCUCUCAGCGACUUCUGCUGGCCGGGGAGACCAAACGCUUCAGCCGCCGGCAAGAGCGUCCAGCCUGCCAUUCUCCAUCUGUCUCGCAGUAAACCCAGCGAAAAGCCAAUCAUGAGGAUGCUGGACGCUCGCAUCGGAGACAGGGAGGCUCAGGAGUUUGUCCGCAGGCUGAAGGAGAUUGAGAAGUCAAUGGAGGAGGAGUAAGAGCUGUCAGCCAGUGCUGCCUGUGUUGGUGUUUUCUGACCACGUCUUGCGACAAUGUGCUUUUGUACCGGUACGAUGUUUACGAUAUUUACAUUUUUUUCCAAUGUUAUCGUUUGUUCAGUAAUUAUACCAAAAUGAAAAGAGAAAAAAGGGGAAUCAGUGAAGCCUAUUGCUGUUUUUCUCACUGGGAGAUGAACAUCCUGUCACUGUGCAACCUUAUGCUGUCUCACUUAAACAAUAUUUUAGAAUUCAAUGGAUAGUUGAUCCUAAACGUUACUAGUCUAUAUUUUUUUGUAUUGAGGUAAUCGUUAUCUUGUCGUAGGAUCUUUGAUAUGAUAGAUUUAACAUUUCAGAACUAUUUUGUGGGAGUAGCUUAUGCAUCCUAUGGUAUUUCAAGUCUAAAUCUAUACCUCAGAUAUGCACAUUAGUUGCAGGGGAGUUUAAUAGAGACUUUUAAUCUUCCAUGGAAAUUGUGAAGAUCAAUUGCAUAAAAGCCUAUGUAGGAUGUGAAAGCUUGAAGCCACAUCGAUUUUCCUGAUCAAAUUGUGGCUUACUAAGAAACAGCUAUGAAUAAAAAUAUCUCUGUCAUGAGGGAAAUCAUGAAGACACAUGAAAGCUUUGGGGGAUUGCCCUUUGUGAGAGUUGGUGUUGUAAGGUCAGAGAGCCCAGCAGCAUGGGGCAUAACUGUCCCCUCAGGCACUCGAGUGUAUUCCACUUUUCAGAUUGCUCCUGACAAAACAAAUUAUCGUAUGUAAAGAGGCCAAAAAACAAUUAUCUUAACUUAGAUUUGUCUUGCUGUCCAUCACCAAUGAGAUAACGUACCUGGAUUAAGUUAUGUGAUGUGUGUGAUCGCAACACUGCGCUAAUCUAAGUUGUACAAAUCAGCACAUUGACAGAAACCAGUGAUCAGUCAUCUGUCAUUUGAACAAUGAUCAGGUUCAUUAAGAGAACUGGUAUCCCAAUGAGGAAGUCACUUAUCAAAUCAAAUCAAGUUUUAUUUAUAUAGCACAUUUAAAAGCGAUUUUUGGUCGAGCCGA